AAUCCGACAUUCAUCGUCAUCCUAUCACGAUGACAAUACCAGCACCGACGAAUUUCACUGCGAAUAUGAACGCAAAUAGAAAUAGACCAAUGAUUACUGAUCCGAGAAGUAACGUGGUUUGUGUGGUGGCUGAUAGAAUUGUGAUGGUGAGAGAUUUUUAG